AUAAAAUGAUUACCAAACUUGGGAAGCAAUAGUCAAUUUGAUACCGUUUCACAAUGAAGACUUUUAUUUUUGCAACUUUACUGAUUGCUGUUGUAUCGGCUGGCUUCGUACCCAUCUCCCAAAGACGUCUCCCAUUGGUGCCUCUUGUGCCUACAGAGGAAUUGGAGGGCCGCAUUACCAAUGGAGAAUUAGCAAAGCCUGGUCAAUUUAAAUACCAAGUUGGUUUAAAAUUAACAAUCGGUGAUAAAGGCUUCUGGUGCGGUGGCACAUUGUUAUCUGAACGAUGGAUUUUAACUGCUGCCCAUUGUACUGAUGGCGUUGACGGUGUUACCGUUUACUUAGGAGCUACCGAUAUACACAACGAGAAUGAAGAAGGCCAACAAAGAAUCUAUGCUUCAAAGUCAAACAUCAUCGUUCAUGAAAAAUGGGAACCAGCUACGUUAAGCAAUGACAUAUCUUUAAUCAAAUUACCCGUACCUGUUGAGUUUAACAAUUACAUUCAGCCAGCUACUCUGCCCAAGAAAAAUGGCCAAUAUUCCACCUAUGACGGGGAAAUGGUUUGGGCUUCUGGAUGGGGUAAAGAUAGUGAUUCAGCCACUGCAGUUUCACAAUUUCUUCGCUAUAUCGAAGUACCUGUAUUACCUCGCAACGAUUGUACAAAAUAUUACGCUGGCUCGGUCACUGAUAAAAUGAUUUGCAUAAGCGGAAAAGAUGGUAAAUCAACUUGCAAUGGAGAUUCCGGUGGCCCAUUAAUUUACAAGGAGGGCGAUACUAAUUACGUUAUUGGUGCUACAUCCUUUGGUAUUAUUAUUGGUUGCGAGAAAGGUUGGCCAGGAGUAUUCACUCGCGUCACUUCUUACCUAGAUUGGAUUGAAGAGAAGUCUGGUGUAGUUAAUGCAUAAUAUGCAAUAAAAAAAUAUAUUCUUUCUUGCCACCUCUAAUAAAAACUUAAAUCCUAAAUCC